UUGAUUUUCUUACACGUUUGCAAAAGCCUGUGUUCUCGGCUCUUGCCCUAUGAUACAGUCAGUAUGUAGCUUCCACUGCUGCAGAUAAAGAGAAAGCUCUCUGAAGCGAGCGAUCGGUUCUGAACACUUGCAUAUGCGGAUACGUGAACGCGAUUGGGAGACAAAGAGAGGUUUAUAAUUCUUGGUCGUUUCAUUAAUACAUCGACUGGCCGCCAUUUUUACUCUCAAUGAUCAGAAAAACAAGGAACGAAAACUUUUCGCGAGAGGAGAAGGAAUUCGUCGUUCGAUUUGUGAACGAGAAUCUGAACAUCUUGGAGAAUAAGAGCAACACUUCGGAAGUGUACUUGAAAAAGCGCGACAAAUGGCGGGAGUUAACCGAGAAACUGAAGACGUUCGGGGUCGUAAGAGACUGGAAGGAAGUGCGACACGCAUAUCAAAGAUGGAAGUGGUUUGCCAAAAAAAACAUCACUGCUUUUGAAAAAUGGGGCGGCAAUGUACCAACGAGUAUGGCACCAACGGACUUUGAUUUUAUGAUAUACAAUGUAUGCUCCCAAGAUCUUGAGGAUGAUGAAAGUAAUUUUUCGAACGAAUCCGAAAAUAAUCAUGUUACGAACGAGUAUGAUGAAUUGUCCAAUGUAUCACAUUCUUUUGACACAAACAGUGGCUCUUGUAAUGUUUCUCAUUCACUUCAAUUCACUGAGAAACGUACGGAAUAUACACAUGAAAUAUUAGAUAAUUUGAAGAUAAAAAUGGAACCACAAACUGAUGAAGAUUUGCCAAAGAUGUGCGAAGAAACAAGAAUUGACAACACUCGUGUGCAAAGUACAAGUGUCCCGACAAAUUCGACAAACGUUGCGAGUGUAUCCGGAACAUCUUUCGAUGUUGUCGAAUUCGUACAUGGACCGCGUAAGAAACAGAAAAUCUCUUCUAGCAAUGAUCAAAAAGCUAACAAUGAAACAUCUAAUAACAGUGUUAUUGAAUUCAAAAAGCGAGAAAACAUAUUAAAAUUGAAAAUUCUUCGCGCUCAGCUUAAUAGAGAAGAAGAAGAGAGCAAAAUCAGGAUGGAACAAGAAAAAAUCAAUUCUUUAUAUGAAAUGUGUUAA